AUGAUCCCCUUGAGACAGACGGUGUUCAGGAACUUAACCAGGACAAAUAUUGUGAAACUCAGAAGACUGGGGCAAUUUUUGAGUCGUUUUCAAUCUACAGCAGCUGACACUUUGAAGGCUACUACUUCUACGAGCAGCCCAAUAGUGAAAAAUGACAAGAAUGUCUCAGAAAAGGCACCAGAAGGUUCAACUAAAAACGGAAACCACUCCAAAAAGGCUCCUCAUCGUAAUGUAAAACUCAGAGAUAUCAGUAACCAGAUCCAAGAUUUGGUUAAGUCGUCCAAAUCUGAUCUCACAGAAGCCAUAGAGAUCUUGGAAGAAGGGUUAUCGUACUUGAGAGAAAUUCAAUUGGCUGAAAACAUCUCCGACAACUCGAUCUACUUCCGUUUCCAGCCAAUUGUGACCGAGUUAUUGUUUAAAGCUUUAGACCCCGCUACUUCGCUCGGAAAUAAAUCAGUGGAGGACGUUUUGGAAAUCUUCACCAAGUAUGGCGUCUGCCACAAAUACCAUUACACUGUAGUAGCUUCCAGGUACUUCAAGAGUGGAGAAGAUAAGGCUGUGAUCUAUCAGAAUGUGCUUAAGCUCUGGCUCCAAUUUUUGGAAUUCGAAAAAUCGAACAAUGCUACCGGAAUGGCUUCUGUCAAGGCUGGAGAAAUAGAAUACCGUCCUUACUACCUCCCCAACCUUGUUUAUUUCGCAUACAGCCAGACAUGUAGUCUUCAGGGGGUCAAGUUUUCGUUUGAAGAUGCUUCCAAGCUCUUGAAUCAGACGUUGCCCAAUCCAGUUUUGAUCAGAAACUCGCUUAUGGACUUGCGUAUAUUCGACGGCUACAAAAAGGAGUUCCAAAGUUUUCAAAAGAGCAUCCACGAGUUGUCUGCUGAGUCACUUGAUCCUAACGGUCCUGAAGUCUACAGGAAAAUCAGAGAAGCUGGUGAAAAGAAGAAUCAGGUAGCCUUGAAUAUAAUCCAAAAAGAAAUCCAGGAAGCUGCAGCUAGAAACAAUAAUCCAAUCAAUGAAGACACCUUGAUCAGAUUAAUGGAUGGAUACUAUGAGGCUGAUAGACCAGAUGAGGUUUUUGCUAUUUUCCAGAACUUGCUUCUGCACGGAAUCGAGAAACCCUCCAUUCGUGCCUGGGAUGUAGUGUUGAGAACAAUGGGUACUCCAUCAUAUAUCUCUAAGAUUUCAUCUGCUCAAAGAGGCAAGCUUAUUAAAAGUAUUGAGCUGACCAUCGAAACUAUCUUGAACAAUGGCACAGAGAUCACUGCUAAGACCCUUUCUAUCAUCAUUGGUAGUUUUGCCAACUUGAACAAGUUCGACAAGGUUGACGAAUACUUGCAGAGAUUUAGCAUAGAAGGCGAGGGUAAGCUUCCUGUGAUUGCUCCAACCAAGAAUAACAUUUUGAUUGGAUUAGCGUUGAAUAAAAAGAUUAGCGAAGCGGAAGAAAAGUUGAAGGAGUUUGUCAGAGCUGGUGGGUACGUUCCUUCUACGUCUGUGAUGAAUACAUUUUUAGGCUACUAUGCUAAAAUUAAUAACUAUGCUGCCGUGGAAGGUAUUCUUGAGUUCAUGAAGAAGCACAACAUUCCAGAAGAAGUUGGAACUUACACUUCAGUUAUCGACAUCUACUUUAAGAUGCACCGUGAAAAGGGAUUGGUAGCUGACGUUGACAAAGUUCUCGACAACAUCUCUGCUUCCAAAUCUAUACCAUUGAACGACUUCACUUACACCGCAUUGAUUGACGGUUUGGUGAAGAACGGAGCCAAUAUAGAAGCUGCUCGUUCCAUCUUCGAAAAGGCUUCGAAGAAGUACCCUGCUUCUGCUCACUUGUACACUGCCAUGUUGAGAGGUGAGUUGGACCAAGGCUCUGUCAGUUCAGCAGAAAAGUUGUUUGAUGUCUACAUUAAGAAGAUUAGAAACGACGCCAGAAUCUGGAACACAAUGAUAAACUCGUUGUUGAGCAAACGUGAAGAGCUUGCCUUGCAAUACUACGAAAACUUGAAGAAUGAUGCCCAUUCUUCGCCAAACCACUUCACAUACUACUUCUUGUUCCAUCACUUCAUAAAGAGAGGAAACAAAGAAACAGUGCAACACCUAAUUGACGACUUGUCACAGAAACCUCUCAGAGACUUCGGUAAUGAGUUGCCCAAGAUGUUGGGCAAAUUAACGGGAGAAUACAAAUUUGGUCCAGAACUCAUCAACAUUCUCUCCAACCAAAAGAAGCAGAACUAG